AUGGAGGGGCCCGCCAUCAACCUCCGUAUCCGCGAGCUGUUGGGCGAGGGCUACGGCCACAUCGUGGUCCAGAACCCGCUGGCCAAGCAUUCCCUCGGCGUCGGCAUCCUCAACCGCCUCAAACUCGAUUUCGAGGGCAGCCUCGGCUACUUCGGCUGCGGCCUGAUCGACGGCCCCAACGUCCACAUCAAGGGCCGCGUCGGCUGGUCCUGCGCCGAGAACAUGAUGGCGGGCGUCGUGGUCAUCGACAAGAACGCUGGCUCCACCUUCGGCGCAGCACUGCGCGGCGGCGACCUCGUCUGCAAGGGCGACGUGGGCUCCCGCACCGGCAUCGACAUGAAGGGCGGCACCAUCCUCAUCGGCGGCCGCGCCGGCGCAUUCACCGGCUUCAUGAUGCAGCGCGGGCGCAUCGUCAUCCUCGGCAACGCCGGCCCCAACCUCGGCGAUUCGCUCUAUGACGGCACGAUCUUCGUCGGCGGCACCAUCGCCUCCCUCGGCGUCGAUGCCGUGCCCGGCGAGAUCACCGAUGUCGAGGCGGGCUGGCUCGAGCGAAAGCUCGCGGCCUACGGGAUGAAGGCGCCGAACGGCGUCGGCAACCUGACCAAGAUCGUCGCCGGCAAGCAGCUCUGGAACUACGACAACCUCGAGCCGGCCGAGAAGAAGAUCGCGCUCUGA